CCGCUUCCCGUGACUUAUUUAAAGCACUCAGGCUCCUCCUCACUCUGUAAUUAUAUUUUUUAUCCAUUCUUUUGGAAAAAAAGGUUCUGCUCUCUGGAUCUGAAGUAAUUAUGGAUAGUGGGUCAAACAUGCCAGCGACGGCGACGGCGACGGCGGGGCCGUCCUAUUGGUGUUACAAUUGUACCCGCCUGGUUCGGGGUUUGUCUGUGGACGACGAUAACAACGACGGCAUUUCUUGUCCGUAUUGCGAUGGUGGAUUCGUUGAGGAGAUCGAAUCCGUCAAUCACAGCCAUCAGGUUCCGACCGUCUACGUGAUAGCCGGCAACGACGCAACCCAUUAUCAUUCUAAUCUCUCCAGAAUCUUAAGGUUCCACCGUAAUCGGAGUAGCGCCGUUGACUGGUCAAACAUUAAUCACAUCAUCGCACUGCGUGGGUCUGGUUCUGGUUCUGGCUCGGCUGAGUCUGAAAACGACGACGACAACAGCGCGUUUCAAUUGUACCAUGAUGAUGGGUCCGGGUCAGGCCUGCGACCGGUGCCGGUGUCCUUGUCGGAAUCGUUGAUGGGAUCGGGGUUUGAACGGGUACUGGAACAGCUCUCGCAGAUUGAAUUCGCAGGAUUCGGUCAACCCGGGAACCCGCCGGCAUCAAAGUCCGCAAUCGAAUCAAUGCCGACGGUGGAGAUAGGCUUGACCCACGUUAGCUCGGAAUCUCACUGUGCUGUCUGCAAAGAAGCAUUCGAGCUAGGAACCCAGGCGCAGGAGAUGCCCUGCAAGCACAUAUUCCAUGAAGACUGCAUCCUUCCCUGGCUGUCACUGCGGAACACUUGCCCCGUUUGCCGGCACCAGCUGCCGGCCGAUGACUGUCGAGAAAGUGGGUCGGGGAGUACGGCUACGGUGGGUCUGAGUAUCUGGCGGUUGCCAGGGGGCGUGUUUGCGGUUGGAAGAUUCAGGGGAGAAAGAGGAGUGCCGGAGGUGGAUGGUGGGUUUGGGGAUUCGGAUCACGGUGGUCGGAGGAGGGUUUCUUGGGUCGGUAUUCGGCGGAGGGAGGGUAGGUUCAGGAGGGUUGUUAGAAAUCUUGUUUCAAUUUUCAGGUUUAAUGGCGGUGGGGGGUUGAAUUGACUUGGUCCGACUUUGCACAGUGUUCGGAUAAUUGACUGGGAAAUUUUGCUAGUAAUUAAAGGAAGAAAAAUAGGAAAUUCAUCAUUUUCCUUUUUCUAUUUUCCGUGUAUAAAAGAAGUCGGAACAAAAAUUGUGUUAUUAUUUUUUUUAAGAAUUUAUUUUAUUUUUAUUGUAUAAUAAAAUGUAAUCAUUUCA